UAGAAAAUUCGAUUAAUCCAAUAUUCAUUUGUGGCAAAUUUUAGAUUAUAUUUAACGAAAAACGAGCUAAAAGUAAAAUUGUCAUUUGUAAUAUUUGUAUCACUGUAUUCCACAUUUGAAAGACAUUUUUAACUUAUAUUUAGGUUAAAAAUCUCUACCUUUGAGAAUAAAGUGCUAUUGCGACAAAUUAUACAUUAAUUUAUAUCUAAAAGAUGCUAUCUUCUCAAUUUUUGAACACGGUCAAGAAUUCCGUGAGGACAGGAGUAUGCAGCCGAAAUAUUGGAAUCCUAGCACCUUGUUUACAGAAAGCAACCGACCCAAUUCAACAGCUUUUUAUUGAUAAAAUCAGAGAAUAUAGACAAAAAAGUAACAGUGGUAAGACUCUUGUCGAACCAACCCCAGAACUUCAAAAAGAAUUGAAAACUGAAUUGGAAAAAGUGGCAAAACAGUAUGGCGGUGGACCAGGAGUAGAUAUGACCAAGUUCCCAACAUUUAAAUUUCAAGAUCCCGUUAUUGAUCCUAUUAAUUUACAAAAGUAAAUUAUUCCCAUUCAAGUUCUCAUUAUUACAUUAAGUCUGUAGAAAAAGAUUGUAUAUUCAUUUAGGUGGAUAAAUAAAAUGAUUAAAACCUAAUAAAAGUUGUAUUACAAUAUGU